AUGGGUAUGACCAUUUCGAGACUGUUUGAUAAAAUGUGGGGACGGAAGGAGAUGCGACUCCUCAUGGUUGGUCUGGACGCCGCUGGAAAGACCACCAUUCUGUACAAGCUCAAGCUUGGUGAAAUCGUCACCACCAUCCCCACAAUCGGCUUCAACGUCGAGACUGUCGAGUAUAAGAACAUUCAAUUUACCGUCUGGGACGUCGGCGGUCAGGACAAGAUCCGUCCCCUCUGGAGACACUACUACCAAAACACCCAGGGUAUCAUCUUCGUUGUUGACAGCAACGAUCGCGAUCGUGUUGUUGAGGCCCGGGAGGAGUUGCAGCGCAUGCUGAACGAAGAUGAACUGCGCGAUGCCCACCUUCUGGUCUUCGCCAACAAGCAGGACUUGCCUAACGCCAUGACCCCCGCAGAAAUCACUCAGCAGCUUGGCCUCCAGAGCCUUAACCGUCGUGCUUGGUUCAUCCAAUCCACCUGCGCUACGACCGGUGACGGUCUGUACGAGGGUCUUGAGUGGCUGGCGGACGCCCUGCGCAAGACCAACAACUCCUAG